AUGAGACUUCACUGCUUUAUUCAAAGUUCUCAGAGCUCUCACAGCGGACUGCCUUUGCAAGUUCUUGGUGCUCCGAAAAUUGGGAAACCUUGCAGGCUCCAAAGAUCCUGGGGUCAUCUCCAAGUUCUUUCAUGUGCAACAGCUGCAAGAGAAUUGCAAUGCAGGGUCGUUCGGAGAAGAUCCGAUGUCAGCAAGGUUUCAAAGGCAAAAGCGAGAAAUUACAGAAGGCAAAAUGAUGUUGUUGACAGUAUUGACUAUAAAAGCAACAAAAUUUCAGUCCAUGCAGUGGGGAAGAAGGGGCUGGGUGUGAUUGCGACAUCAUCUAUCAAGUGUGGAGAUCUCUUGCUUGAAGAAGCCCCUUUGUUGAUUUUUCAAAAGCAAUCUUUUGAUGUUUUGUUUGGGGAUUUGCAAGAUGUACUGGUGGAUGACACAUCUUUCGACCAUUGGGAAGAGAGUUUGACUGAAACUUUGCAGAGCAAAUGUGAUGAAGAAGUCCGUGCCCAAUUCUGGGAUUUGGCAGACACAUGUUGUGCAAAAGACAAGACUGCUCUUGGAAUAGCUCGCACGAAUGCGAUUGGACUAUCAGAUGAGUCGGCCGGAUUGUUUUUGCUUUUAUCCAGGUUUAAUCACAGUUGCAAGCCGAACGUGCACAAUAGCUGGCAGGAAGACAGAGGAGUUCAAGUUUUGAAGGCGACUCGAGACAUUUCCGAGGGAGAAGAACUAUGCAUUUCCUAUUUGUCUUUUCUAAACUUGUGUGCUCCAACGCGCGAAAGAUUGGGAGAAUUAAGCGAUCGCUUUGGCUUUGACUGUUUGUGUGAAGCGUGCUCUCGGGUUCAGAGUGAAAGUGAUUGGCGGCGAGAAAGGCUAUCGCAACUUUGCGAAGCAUUCUCUCGGGAUGAGGCAUCUCAAAUGAGAGGUCCAAAUGAGGCCAAGAGGGACGGCUUGGAGGACUUUGUUGAAUCAAUGAACAUGCGAGAUGGACUUCGAGAGACAACCGACUUGAUAGAGCAGGAGUUUGCAGGAAACCCUGCAGCUUUGUCCUUGAUUUUUUUUGGUGCCUUCCGCAGAGCUGCUGGAGUUGGGCGAAAAUCUGCAGCCAAAUCUUUGGCAAAAGCGGCGUGGAAGGCGACUGUUGCUUCAGAAGGUUCGUCUUGGAGAGCUGAGCUGCUCAAAACUCUCGCAUCUGAUGGAAAGCCCUGA